AUGGAUACAUCAAGCUUGAGAUAUGGUCACAUUAUGAUCAUGACUGAUCAGGAUCAUGAUGGAUCUCAUAUUAAGGGAUUAAUUAUAAACUUUUUGGAUCAUUUUUUCCCUUCACUUCUGAAGAUCCCUGAAUUUCUUCAAGAAUUCAUUACACCUAUUAUUAGAGCUACAAAACGAAACGAAACCAAAGAUUUCUUUACCAUUCCAGAAUAUGAAUCUUUUAAAGAAAGAAAUGAAGCCAAUGGAAUAACUGGAUGGAGCAUUAAGUAUUAUAAAGGUUUGGGUACAUCUACUCCCAAAGAUGCCAAAUAUUAUUUUAGCAAUCUAGAUAUUCAUGUGAAGAAUUUUAUGACAAUGACUGAUUCUGAUAAAGAAUUGAUAGAUCUUGCGUUCAAUAAGAAAAAAGCUGAUAAUCGAAAACAUUGGCUAUCGGAAUAUGAGCCUGGAACUUACUUGGAUCAGAGUGUAAAGAAUAUUUCCAUCACAGAUUUCGUCAAUAGAGAAUUAAUACUUUUUUCUAUGGCUGACAAUGUUAGGAGUAUUCCCAGUGUUAUUGAUGGAUUCAAGCCCGGACAAAGAAAGUUGGUUAUGUUAGUGAGCACUCUGCAUAUCAUCAUGGAGAGCAGUCACUGUGAUCUUUUGGAUCCAGACUUCAAGGGGAUCGAGCCUGAGCACUACGUGCCCAUAAUUCCAAUGGUAUUGGUUAAUGGAGCAGAUGGGAUUGGAACUGGUUGGUCUACGAAUAUUCCCAAUUAUAAUCCGUUGGAUAUUGUAGCCAAUAUUAGAAAUUUAAUCAAAGGAAAAGAAUUAGUUGAAAUGAUUCCUUGGUAUAGGAACUUUAGAGGUGAGAUUAUUGAACAAUCCAGCAAUAAGUUUGUAGUAAAUGGGGUAGCAGAGGAAUGUGGAACUGAUAUUUCAGUAAUGGAGUUGCCGGUUGGAACAUGGACACAAAAUUAUAAAGAAUAUUUAGAAGCUUCAUUGUCAAAUGGAACUAUUAAGCAUUUCAAGGAGAACUUUACCGAAAAGAUAACAUUUAACUUGAAACUAUCCACAUCUUUAUCCACCAGUAAUAUGGUCUGUUUUGAUAAAAAUGGAAAGAUUAAGAGAUUGGCUACUUUGGGAGAUGAGCUGGUAAAAGCUGAAAACAAAGCCCGAUUUAUUAAAGCUGUUACAUCUGGAAAGCUUUUAGAAAAAAUGGUCAAAGAGUUGACCUGA